CCCUAGGUCGGUUGUCGGAAUAGAAAGGGCGUUUUGGCGGGCAGUUGUGAYGUCACUAGCUCUUGUCUGGUUGCUCCGGAGCUCUGCAGCGAAUAGGGUUUGUGGCUGACAGAAGAGCUGUGAGGGGCGUGUCAGCCCGUGGGCAAUAGGACACAGCGCUGGGCCGCCUAAAGCUGGAUMGCGGUGGCUCGCGGGCAGCACCCGCAGCAACGGUAAAACGGAAGUCCUGCGAUCGGAGCCCGGUGUCCGGGCGGAAGCGGCAUUCUCUCAGCGGUGGCCCGGAGUCAGCCCCGGAGCCAGCCGCGGAGCCACCGGCAGCCUCCUGACCUGGUGUUGAUGUUGAGUAGGCCUCAUUAGCAUAUUAAAAUGGCUCUACCCAAGGACGCCAUCCCUUCCUUGUCGGAAUGCCAGUGCCAGAUCUGUGUGGAAAUCCUAAUCGAGCCCGUAACCCUUCCAUGUAACCACACGCUCUGUAAUCCGUGCUUCCAGUCGACUGUCGAAAAGGCAAAUUUGUGCUGUCCCUUCUGUCGCCGCCGGGUCUCUUCGUGGACUCGGUAUCAUACCCGUAAAAAUUCUCUCAUCAAUAUGGAACUAUGGGAAACGAUUCAAAAACACUAUCCAAAGGAGUGCAAGCUUAGACUCUCUGGGCAAGGAUCGGAGGAAAUUGUUGAUGACUACCAGCCCAUUCGUCUGUUAAGUGAACCUGGGGAAUUAAGAAGAGAAUAUGAAGAAGAGAUAAGCAAGGUGGAGGCAGAGCGACGAGCCAGUGAGGAAGAAGAAAACAAAGCCAGUGAAGAAUAUAUACAGAGAUUAUUGGCAGAGGAGGAAGAAGAGGAAAAAAAGCAGGCAGAGAARCGGCGAAGUGAAGUGGAAGAACAACUAAAAAAUGAUGAAGAACUGGCAAGAAAGCUAAGCAUUAACAUUAAUAAUUUCUGCGAGGGGAGUACCUUGGCUUCUCCUUUGAAUUCCAGAAAAUCUGAUCCAGUCACAACCAAGUCACAAAAGAAAAAUAAGAACAAACAAAGAAACAUUGGAAAUAUUCAGAAGUAUUUGUCACCUAAAUCUCUAUUUGGAUCAGCAACACAGUCUGAAGUUGUACAAGAAGUCAGGAGAAACUCCACAUCUAAGGAAAUUGACAGAAGUCAUAUGAAGAGCCCUACAGGGCAAGAUACAGAAAUUGAAGAAGAUAUGCCAACACUUUCUCCUCAAAUGUGCCUGGAAGUUCAAGAACAAGGUACAAAGUCUUCAGUAGAGUCACCUAUGCCAUGGUUAUGUGUCUAUGAUGCAGAACAGUGCCUUGAAGGAAAAGCCAAAAGAUCAAACAAUCAUGAUCAAGAGUUAUAUGUCUUAAAGUAUGAAGGACCUAAAACCAAAGUUCCCUACUCUAAAGAAGCUACAGUUAAGCCUUGUGACAAGACAGAGAAUGGGCGUACUUCAUCAAAUAUGAUAAAAAUAAUUGGAGACAACCCAGUUGAGACAGAGUCUAGCCAACCAGACAGUAAAGGUGUUUCAAAAAGAAAAAGCCAGGAAUCUUCAGUUGAAGCAGUCAGAGAUUCAUGCUUUUCUUUAAAAAGGAAGAAAAAGUUCUCAGAAUCUUCUUCAGAUCAAGAGGAAACAGAAAUGAAUUUUACCCAAAAACUGAUAGAUUUGGAGCAUUUACUUUUUGAGAGACACAAACAAGAAGAACAAGACCGGCUAUUAGCGUUACAACUGCAGAAAGAGGUGGAUAAAGAACUAAUGAAGCCAAACCGGCAAAAAGGAUCCCCAGAUGGGUACCAGUUACGUACUACAUCCUCACCUCCACAUAACUUACUAAAUGGGCAGAAGAAUUACAAAGACAGAAACUUCAAAAAGCAGACUGAUGUAGAGCAUCCAAAACCUCGAAGAGGCUCAAGAGAUGAAAACUGGCAACCUUCUUUUAAAAUCCAGUUGAAUAGUUCGGCGAACGGAAAAAAGAUGUCAAAUUCUACUAAAGAAAAUUGUAAUGUAUCUAAAAGUGCUCAUUCUCUACAGCCUAGUAAUUCACAGAAAAGUAUUUUUCAGAUGUUUCAGAGAUACACCAAAUAAUGUGGGUGAAAGGAAUGUCUUCUAGUAAAGCUGGAUUGUGAAGCUCUCUUCUGUCAUAGAAUCUUUAUAAAUUUCACAUUAAUCUCUUGUCUAAGCAUACUUAUUAUCUUUAAAGACUAUGUGAUUAAAAGAAAGCAUAUACAAAUGUGUUUUCUAUAAAACUCAGUGAUAAGAAAGGAUCCCUAUUCAUUGUUAAUAACUAACAUGUACUAAGUUUAACGGUCCUUUUAUAUAUACAGAUGUGUUCACCAAGCCAAGAAGUCUUGAAGUGCCAUUCUUAAAAAAAAA